AGAGUUCAGGUUUAAACUCAGAGUUUGUUAAACCUGCUUUCUGAAACAGGGCCCAGGAGCGACAAAACCAGGGCCUGUAGGACCUACCUUGUUGAUAGUGUUGUUCAGAAGGCAGAGCAGUGCUUUAUUAUGGACAGACUUCUCCCCAUUUUAGCUACUGUUGUAUCAAUAUGUUUUUACUAAUCCAUGGUUACGCCAAGCAGUUUAGUCACCUCAACUUGCUCAAUUUCAUUACGACUUGUCCCAAAUACAAUGUUUUUAGUUUUGGAAAUAUUUAGGACUAACUUAUUCCUUGCGACCCAUUCCCGAAACUAACUGCAGCUUUUUGUUAAGUGUUGCUGUAAUUUAAGUCCCUGUAGUGGCUGACGUGAUGAGUUAUCCGCGUAAUAUAGACAUACUGGCCUUACUCAAAGCCAGUGUGGAUCACAUUUAGCCACUUGUGCAACUUAUGUUGAAGACUUUAAACACAUUUUUUAUGAUAUUUUGCAUGGCUUAAUUCGUGUCGUAUGUCCCGAAUAUUUGCAAAUUAUUAUUAAUUGUAUAAAUGUUUAGAAAGUCUAAAUCGAUUUGUUCGACUGUCUCCUGAUUCGGUACUCCACUAUACAGCCUAAACUCGUCGACCUCGACACAUAACUGAGAUGUCCUGUGCUAACGUUAUCCAAGUCUUAGUUUAGCCAUUCCCUUUGUCUUCAAACUACAUGCAAUACUAGAUAGCUAGCUAUGUCUACAACCUCUAAAGUUGUACUGGGUGUUUCUGUGAUACUUACGGUGAGCACCGUUGCAGGAGUGCAUCUCAAGCAAAACUGGGAUCAAGAGAGACUUCAUGCGGGAGUACUUCGAGACAUUGAACGUUUGGAGAGGAAGAGAGAGAACCUGCGAGUGCUCGAGCAACAAAUAAGUCUGACCAAGGAGCUCAAGGCAGAGCGCGACAGGAGAGAAUCGGGGCAGCAGGGCUCCGACCAACCCCAGGAGUAGACUGUCUGAUUCCACCUGGUUAUGAUGGAAAGAGGUGUUGAGCAGGGGAGCCAAGUGGAAGAUGAGGCCAUGUGCACCUCUGCCUCGGAGGGGCUGGAGGAGGGUGAGGUGGAGGGCGAGACGCUGCUCAUCGUGGAGUCGGAAGACCAGGCCUCGGUGGACCUCUCGCACGACCAGAGCGGUGACUCGCUCAACAGCGAUCUGGGGGAGGAUGCCGAGGGUGGCUGGAAUGAAGACAUGGCCUUCUAUUGCGACAAGUGCCACAAGUGGAUCCCCAUCGCACAGCUGCACGGAGAGCAACCCAGCUACCUGAAAGGAGACAACUUCUUCAAGUUCACCUGCUAUGACUGUACAGAAGAUGUCAAGGAGACCUUUGAGAGGAUGAGACUCACCUGGCAACAGGUUGUUAUGUUGGCCAUGUAUAAUCUUUCAUUGGAGGGCAUGGGGCGUCAAGGCUACUUUAGAUGGAAGGAGGACAUCUGUGCCUUUAUUGGGAGACACUGGACCUUCCUACUGGGCACCAGAAAGAAGACUUCCACGUGGUGGAGCACGGUGGCGGGCUGUUUGUCGGUGGGGAGCCCUACGUUCUUUCGCUCAGGGGCCCAGGAGUUUGGCGAGCCAGGCUGGUGGAAGCUGGUGCAGAACCGUCCACCCACUCUGCGCCCAGAUGGGGACAAGUCCUCUGUGGCCUCCCUAAAGUCUAAAGCUGCCUCCAAGCCAACCCUGGAGCCCAUCAUCACAGUGGAAGGCUUACGGAAGCGCGCGGGCCGUAAUCCGGUGGAGUGUGCCAUGCAGCUGAAAGAAAAGCGCUCACGGACCCACGAGGCCAAGGACAUCCGGCGGGCGCAGAAGGAGGCGGCGGGGUACAUGGAUCGCAGCGCCUCCUCCACGCCUGUCAAGUUCAGCGGCCGUGGCGGUGGGAGGCGACCCGACUUUGUCCUGGAGAAAGGCGAGGUGGUGGACUUCUCCUCAAUGAGCUCCUCGGACCGAACGCCACUCACCAGCCCCUCGCCGUCACCCUCUCCAGACUUCUCUGCACCCGGCACCCCCGCCUCCCACUCAGCCACGCCCAGCCUGCUGUCGGAGGCUGACCUCAUCCCUGACGUCAUGCCACCAAUGGCACUCUUUCACGAUGACGAGGAGAUGAACGGCGAAGGCUUCAUCGAUCCCGGCAUUGAGUAUAUCCCCUCAUCCAGCAUGUCCCUGGGCACUGGCACCCUUGUCGUUCGCAAGAAGCUGCGACCAGGGGCGCACAUCAAGCAGGAAGCAGAGAGUGAUGAAGAGGGCCGGGACGAUGAAGACGACGAGAGAAGGGGGCACGGCAAAAGCCAAUCCAACGUGGCCAGGGGGGCGUGGGGUGGCGGGGAGAGGAGGAGGGGAGUCCUAACAGAGAAGGGGGAGGGUUUGCCUCCCUCAGAGCCCCGGUUUGCCCCCCUCAGCCUUUAUGAAGAGCGCUUGCUGCUGCGGCGCCUGGAGGCCUGUCCACAGGCGCUGGCAGUGACUGCGCAGGCCAAGCGGCUGCACAGGAAGCUACUGGUGAGGCAGGCCAAACGCCAGAGAGGGCUCCCCCUGUUGGACAUCGAUCAGGCGGUCAGUGCCACCCUCAGUCUGGUGGGAGGGGUGUACGGGGGACAGGGCCGCUACGAGGGCUCCGGCACGGGGAAGUACCGCACCACCAGCCAGGACCUCCGAAUCCUCGACCGCUUCCAGACAACGGUGUCCAGCAGAAGAGGGUACCACCAGCCCACAGUUUCCUUCUGGCACCGGAUCAUGGGCUUGGACGCCAGCGUAGACCAGGGCAUCAAAAGCCCGUACACCUCCCGCACUCUCAAACCCUUCAUAAGGAGGGACUACGAGAAUAAGCCUAUGAAGCUGAAGCUGUUGGCGGAGAUCCGUGCCUACCCACACAGAAAGGACCCCCUCUGGGACCCAGAUCCAGAGGCCCCCAUCGACUACUGUUACGUCCGGCCCAACCACAUCCCCUCCAUUAACUCCAUGUGCCACGACAUCUUCUGGCCAGGCGUGGAUCUCUCCGAGUGUCUCCAGUACCCAGACUUCAGCGUCGUGGUCCUUUAUAAGAAGGUGGUGAUCGGCUUUGGGUUCAUGGUGCCGGACGUGAAGUACAACGAGGCCUACAUCUCCUUCCUGCUGGUGCAUCCCGAGUGGAGGAGGGCUGGAAUCGCUACGUUCAUGAUCUACCAUCUCAUUCAGACCUGCAUGGGAAAAGAUGUCACUCUACAUGUCUCGGCCAGUAACCCCGCCAUGCUCCUAUACCAGAAGUUUGGCUUCAAGACUGAGGAGUACAUCUUGGACUUUUAUGACAAAUACUACCCGCUGGACAGCAAGGAGUGCCGACAUGCCUUCUUCCUGCGGCUACGGCGGUGAGACAGGAAACGGGACAGGCCAGUAUUCGGGCCAUAGAAAUAUAAUUACUAGAAUGGAAAUUAACGUUCCAUUCGUGAACUGGUAGCCAUAUUGAGUGUACUAGUCAAAUUGUCGUUGUCUGUUGUAGGGUUUGUAUUUCUAUACAGGCAACCAGUCAGAAGGAGGAAAAAAUACAUCUGGAAGUGCCUGUGCUAUUCAGUUUAGCCAUUGUAUGUUACACUGUUUCUUUGGUCAUUAUAUUUGUGAGAACCUAUGGUGAGCUAUUUUUGUUGAUCGACAGAAGAGACUGAAGGACGAUAUUUUAUUGUAAUUUUAUACACUCGCAUUUCUGAAUAAUUCGACAGCCCAAGUGGCAAUUAUAUAAAGAACAAAAUCACUCACA